AUGUCCAUAAAGGGGACGAGCAUGCGGCACCCUCCUGUACGAUGUUGGUCCUGCAUAGUACACGAUGAGAGAGCUGCGACCAGUCAAGCAGCAAAGUGAAGAGGUUGCAUGAAGAGGAGGAAGCCUAUGGAAAGGUGGUGAAUGACUGUACAUGGAAGUCUUGGGAUUUGCCUGACUUCUGAUCCAGUUUCACAACAAUGAGCAGCAACAGUAAUAAAAGAGCACCAACAACUGCAACACAACGGUUAAAGCAAGACUACCUGCGCAUCAAAAAAGACCCAGUGCCUUAUAUCUGCGCUGAACCCCUCCCUUCAAAUAUUUUGGAAUGGCACUACGUGGUUCGAGGACCCGAGAUGACCCCUUAUGAAGGUGGUUACUACCAUGGGAAACUAAUAUUUCCAAGAGAAUUUCCUUUUAAACCACCUAGUAUUUAUAUGAUCACUCCUAAUGGACGGUUUAAAUGCAACACACGACUCUGCCUUUCGAUCACAGACUUCCACCCAGACACAUGGAAUCCAGCAUGGUCGGUAUCAACAAUACUCACAGGUCUACUCAGCUUUAUGGUGGAGAAAGGACCCACCCUGGGUAGCAUAGAGACCUCCGAUUUUACUAAACGACAACUUGCAGCACAAAGUUUAGCGUUUAACUUGAAAGAUAAAGUUUUUUGUGAGCUGUUUCCAGAAGUAGUUGAGGAAAUAAAGAAGAAGCAGCGCGCACAAGAAGAACUAACCAACCGGCCACAGUCCCUUCCUCUCCCAGACGUAGUGCCAGACACAGAAGCCCACUUUGGUCAGAACGGAGCCCCACUCUUGAACGGCCAUGCCCCCUUGGCAGCAGCAAAUCACCCCGGUCUACAACAGCCAAACCGUAACCAUGGACUUUUAGGGGGUGCCCUGGCCAAUGUCUUUGUCAUAGUGGGAUUUGCAGCCUUCGCCUACACAGUCAAGUAUGUACUAAGAAGCAUAGCCCAGGAAUGAUGAGAUUUACCAGGGGCAUCAAGAAGAAUCUGAGACCAAACUAGCAAUAGUCGGGAAAGAGCAAAUGAACUGCUAGGAGAAGACGGACUCGCUCAGCACCACGCUCGGGUCAUUUCUAUUUGUGCUACAGUUGUGCAAAGUGAUAUAUCAGUUGGCUCAUGGGUUUAUUAUUAUAUAUAUACAUAUAUAUAUUUUCUUUUUUAGAACAUGAGAUGAGUGGUUGUGUAUUUUCCAUGACUGCAAACUAAAAAGAGACCCUGUACUAUGUUCACUGCAGCCUCUGGUGCUUGAAUCAGCCGGGCGUCUUCAUUUCCAACAUCUGCUUUAAUCCAAUGAAUUUCCUCAAGCUCUUCUUUAAAAGCUGUCAGGGAGAGGGCUAUGUUCUCUGUACUGGAUCCGCGAUGAGAUGUGGGCCUGUCAUCUGCUGUAUAGACAGUCUGUUCCAUUCCAGCAUACAGGCUCCAAAAAGAUUGGUCCAGUUUUGUACGUCGGCUAUCCGGUGAUAAAGUCUGAAAGUUUAAUGUUGACAUUUUCACAUGUCCUGUUUUUUUAUUUUAUUUUUCCUGUUUUAGUGUGUAAGUUUUAGCUCUGAAAGUGAGGUAAAAUUUUAAAAUCAACUAUGGAAUGAUUGUAUCACUUGAUUUAUAUCCCGUUUAGAAGUGGAUAUUAAAAGGUUCAUUCAGUGAGAUUGAACGUAGGAAACUUU